AGCAGGGUGAAGUAUGGCUGGGGCCACAUGCAGAAGAGGUGGGCUAGGGAGCUAGCCUUCUCAAGCAGCAGCUUCAACCACCGCCCAUGAGAGCAGGUGUAACCUACCUGGAAGACAUCCUCAUCCUUCAAAAACAUGCUGCAGGGAUGCCACCAUGCGUGUCUGCUCUGGGAAGUUCCGAAAGAAUCAGUCCAGGCCAGAAAAUUUCUCCUCACCCUUCUUUCGCUCACAGUAUGGAUAGAGCAGGCUGUGCAGGCACAAGUUACCGAGAAGAUGCUGGCCCUGAACGUCUAUCUGCUCUUGUGGGUAUUUGGCUGCAUUCAUUUUAUAGAUGCUGAGACCAUAACUGCAUCUCUCACUAGAGGAGGCCCAGCAGAUACUACAGCCACGCCACGAAUCACAGCCGGCGUCACAGCAGGUAUCAUUUCCUCACCAUCGCCAGUCCCUGCAGGCCAGAACCACAGCUCAGCUUCAAAUGUGUUGACUUUAAUUACACCAACUCCUAGGCCCUCAAAGCAGACAACAACAGGCCAUCUGUCUGGCCCACCUGACGGAAAAUCAAAAUCGGCAUCAACAUCAGCUGCAGUUGGUGCUUCGAAACAAGUGACCUCUACAACCAUCGCCUCUGACUGGAGCACAGGACCUUCCCUCCCCGACCCUGCCCCAACGGAGGAGAAAUCAGCUCUGACGAUGGCAGCGUUUGGUGUCAUCAGCUUCAUAGUCAUCCUGGUAGUUGUUGUUAUCGUCCUGGCCAGCGUGGUCAGUCUGAGAUUCAAGUGUAACCGUUCCAAAGAUGCAGAAGAUAAACAGAAGCCGGGGAGCUCCGUGGUAUCUGAAAGUUGCUCUCCUGCUACAGCCAAGGACAGCAUCACUCUGAUCUCCAUGAAGAACUUAAGCAUGAACAACAGUACAAGUUACCCCUCUUCGGAAAAGGUGUUAUGAAGACAAUGACAUGACAGGAGCCAUGAGGAAACACUACUAGCUAAUCAGCGCUGACUUUCUAUUUUGGCAGGGGGAGGCAUUCCCUUUAUAAGUUAUUACAUCCUUUCCAAUCAAUAUAUUUACUCUAAAAUCAAGCUCAAUAACCCGAUGUGGGUCAUAAGAGUUUUCUCCAGCUGGAGCCAGCCUCUCACCAAUAGGCAUACCAAUUUCAGUGUAUUUUAGCAGCUCCUAGGGGGAGGAGAGCCAAACCUACAACUUCACCAAUGAUACAGGCUGCUCCUUUAAUGACCCUUUGGCAUCUGUGGCAGACAAUCAUUGGCUUGCCCCACAGCUGAUCACAAACAUCCCAGUUCAGCUUUGCACUGAAAGGCAUGAUCCAAAGC